AGGAAAGAGGGCAGCUGUGGGUAGACGCCCGCGGGACCGCCGGUGGUGCGCGUGAACCUCGAAUCCCCGCCGGCCACCGCAAGAGGCCGCCGCCCCGGCAGUGGGCAGCCGGCGAGCAGGCAUGCCGCGGCUCCUGGUGCCCUUGCUCUGCCUAACGCUGCUGCCCGCGCUCGCCGCAAGAGGCUUGAGAUGCUCCCAGCCAAGUGGGGCCUGCCUGAACGGAGGGAGGUGCGAAGUGGCCAACGGCACCGAAGCUUGUGUCUGCAGCGGGGCCUUUGUGGGCCAACGAUGCCAGGACCCCAAUCCGUGCCUCAGCACACCCUGUAAGAAUGCGGGAACAUGCCACAUUGAGGACCGUGGCGGCACAGUGGACUAUACCUGCAGCUGCCCCCUGGGUUUCUCUGGGCCCCUCUGCCUGACGCCUCUGGACAAUGCCUGUCUGGCCAACCCCUGCCGCAAUGGGGGCACCUGUGACCUGCUCACUCUCACAGAAUACAAGUGCCGCUGUCCCCCAGGGUGGUCAGGAAAAACAUGUCAGCAGGCCGAUCCGUGUGCCUCCAACCCCUGUGCCAAUGGUGGCCAGUGCCUGCCCUUUGAGUCUUCAUAUAUCUGUGGCUGCCCUCCCGGCUUCCACGGCCCCACCUGCAGGCAAGAUGUGAACGAGUGCAGCCAGAACCCCGGGCUGUGCCGCCACGGAGGCACCUGCCACAAUGAGAUUGGCUCCUAUCGCUGUGCCUGCCGUGCCACCCACACUGGUCCCCACUGUGAACUACCCUACGUGCCCUGCAGCCCCUCACCUUGCCAGAAUGGGGGCACCUGCCGCCCUACGGGAGACACCACCCACGAGUGCGCCUGCCUGCCAGGCUUUGCUGGACAGAACUGUGAAGAAAAUGUGGAUGACUGCCCAGGAAACAACUGCAAGAAUGGGGGUGCCUGUGUGGACGGCGUGAACACUUACAAUUGCCGGUGCCCACCAGAGUGGACGGGUCAGUACUGCACAGAGGACGUGGACGAGUGUCAGCUCAUGCCCAACGCCUGUCAGAAUGGUGGCACCUGCCACAACACCCAUGGUGGCUACAACUGCGUGUGUGUCAAUGGCUGGACUGGCGAGGACUGCAGUGAAAACAUUGACGAUUGUGCCAGUGCCGCCUGCUUCCAGGGUGCCACCUGCCAUGACCGGGUAGCUUCCUUCUACUGCGAGUGUCCACAUGGGCGCACAGGUCUGCUGUGCCACCUCAACGACGCGUGCAUCAGCAACCCCUGCAACGAAGGCUCCAACUGCGACACCAACCCUGUCAACGGCAAGGCCAUCUGCACUUGCCCCUCGGGGUACACGGGGCCAGCCUGCAGCCAGGACGUGGAUGAGUGUGCUCUGGGUGCCAACCCCUGUGAGCAUGCAGGCAAGUGCAUCAACACACUGGGUUCCUUUGAGUGCCAGUGUCUGCAGGGCUACACGGGGCCCCGCUGUGAGAUUGAUGUCAACGAGUGCAUCUCCAACCCGUGUCAGAAUGAUGCCACUUGCCUGGACCAGAUUGGGGAGUUCCAGUGUAUAUGUAUGCCAGGUUAUGAGGGUGUGUACUGUGAGGUCAACACGGACGAGUGCGCCAGCAGCCCCUGUCUGCACAACGGCCGCUGCGUGGACAAAAUCAAUGAGUUUCUGUGUCAGUGCCCCAAAGGCUUCAGCGGGCACCUGUGCCAGUAUGAUGUGGAUGAGUGUGCCAGCACGCCUUGCAAGAAUGGUGCCAAGUGCCUGGAUGGACCCAACACCUACACCUGCGUGUGCACAGAAGGUUACACGGGAACACACUGUGAGGUGGACAUCGACGAGUGUGACCCUGACCCUUGUCACUAUGGUUCCUGUAAGGAUGGUGUGGCCACCUUUACCUGCCUCUGCCAGCCAGGCUACACAGGCCAUCACUGUGAGACCAACAUUAAUGAGUGCCACAGCCAGCCGUGCCGCCAUGGGGGCACCUGCCAGGACCGUGACAACUCCUACCUCUGCUUAUGCCUCAAGGGAACCACAGGACCCAACUGUGAGAUCAACCUGGACGAUUGUGCCAGCAACCCCUGCGACUCAGGCACAUGUCUGGACAAGAUUGAUGGCUACGAAUGUGCCUGCGAACCGGGCUACACAGGGAGCAUGUGCAACGUCAACAUUGAUGAGUGUGCAGGUAGCCCCUGCCACAAUGGGGGUACCUGUGAGGAUGGCAUCGCGGGCUUCACCUGCCGCUGCCCCGAGGGCUACCACGACCCCACGUGCCUGUCCGAGGUCAACGAGUGCAACAGUAACCCCUGCAUCCACGGGGCUUGCCGGGAUGGUCUCAAUGGGUACAAGUGUGACUGUGCCCCUGGGUGGAGUGGAACAAACUGUGACAUCAACAACAAUGAGUGUGAGUCGAACCCUUGUGUCAACGGUGGCACCUGCAAAGACAUGACCAGUGGCUACGUGUGCACGUGCCGAGAAGGCUUCAGUGGCCCUAACUGCCAGACCAACAUCAACGAAUGUGCCUCCAACCCCUGCCUGAACCAGGGGACCUGCAUUGAUGAUGUCGCCGGGUACAAGUGCAACUGUCCUCUGCCCUAUACAGGAGCCACGUGUGAGGUGGUGUUGGCCCCAUGUGCCACCAGCCCCUGCAAAAACAGUGGGGUGUGCAAGGAAUCGGAGGACUAUGAGAGCUUUUCCUGUGUCUGUCCCACGGGCUGGCAAGGUCAAACCUGUGAAAUCGACAUCAAUGAGUGUGUGAAGAGCCCAUGUCGCCACAGUGCCUCCUGCCAGAACACCAAUGGCAGCUACCGCUGCCUCUGCCAGGCUGGCUACACGGGCCGCAACUGUGAGAGCGACAUUGAUGACUGCCGGCCCAACCCUUGUCACAAUGGAGGUUCCUGCACCGAUGGCAUCAACACAGCCUUCUGUGACUGCCUGCCCGGCUUCCAGGGUGCCUUCUGUGAGGAGGACAUCAACGAAUGUGCCAGUAAUCCGUGCCGAAAUGGUGCCAACUGUACCGACUGUGUGGAUAGCUACACAUGCACCUGCCCCGCAGGCUUCAAUGGCAUUCACUGUGAAAACAACACACCUGACUGUACCGAGAGCUCCUGCUUCAAUGGUGGCACCUGUGUGGAUGGAAUCAACUCCUUCACUUGUCUGUGUCCACCUGGCUUCACGGGCAGCUACUGCCAGUACGAUGUCAAUGAGUGUGACUCGCGGCCCUGCCUGCAUGGUGGCACCUGCCAAGACAGCUAUGGUACCUACAAGUGCACCUGCCCACAGGGCUACACUGGCCUCAACUGCCAGAACCUCGUGCGCUGGUGUGACUCAGCUCCCUGCAAGAACGGCGGCAAGUGCUGGCAGACCAACACACAGUACCACUGUGAGUGCCGCAGCGGCUGGACUGGCUUCAACUGUGACGUGCUCAGCGUGUCCUGCGAGGUGGCCGCACAGAAGCGAGGUAUUGAUGUCACGCUCCUGUGCCAGCAUGGAGGGCUCUGUGUGGAUGAGGAAGACAAACAUUACUGCCACUGCCAGGCAGGCUACACCGGGAGCUACUGUGAGGACGAGGUGGACGAGUGUUCACCUAACCCCUGCCAGAACGGAGCCACCUGCACUGACUACCUUGGCGGCUUUUCCUGCAAGUGUGUGGCCGGCUACCACGGGCCUAACUGCUCCGAGGAGAUCAACGAAUGCCUGUCCCAGCCCUGCCAGAAUGGGGGUACCUGCAUCGAUCUGACCAACACCUACAAGUGCUCCUGCCCCAGGGGCACACAGGGUGUGCACUGUGAGAUUAAUGUUGAUGACUGCCAUCCCCCACUCGACCCCGCCUCCCGAAGCCCCAAGUGCUUCAACAAUGGCACCUGUGUGGACCAGGUGGGUGGCUAUAGCUGCACCUGCCCACCAGGCUUCGUCGGGGAACGGUGUGAGGGUGAUGUCAACGAGUGUCUCUCCAACCCCUGCGACCCACGUGGCACCCAGAACUGCGUGCAGCGUGUUAACGACUUCCACUGCGAGUGCCGGUCUGGCCACACUGGACGCCGCUGCGAGUCAGUCAUCAAUGGCUGCAGGGGCAAGCCAUGCAAGAAUGGAGGUGUCUGUGCCGUGGCCUCCAACACCGCCCGCGGAUUCAUCUGCAGGUGCCCUGCGGGCUUCGAGGGCGCCACCUGUGAGAACGAUGCCCGCACUUGUGGCAGCUUGCGCUGCCUCAACGGUGGUACAUGUAUCUCAGGCCCACGCAGUCCCACCUGCCUGUGCCUGGGCUCCUUCACCGGCCCUGAGUGUCAGUUCCCGGCCAGCAGCCCCUGUGUGGGGAGCAACCCUUGCUACAACCAGGGUACCUGUGAGCCCACCUCCGAGAGCCCUUUUUACCGCUGUCUGUGCCCCGCCAAGUUCAACGGGCUGCUGUGCCACAUCCUGGACUACAGCUUCACAGGUGGGGCUGGCCGCGACAUUCCCCCGCCGCAGAUUGAGGAGGCCUGCGAGCUGCCCGAGUGCCAGGAGGAAGCUGGCAACAAGAUCUGCAACCUGCAGUGUAACAAUCACGCAUGUGGCUGGGACGGCGGAGACUGCUCCCUCAACUUCAAUGACCCUUGGAAGAACUGCACACAGUCCCUGCAGUGCUGGAAGUAUUUCAGUGAUGGCCACUGUGACAGCCAGUGCAACUCAGCCGGCUGCCUUUUUGAUGGCUUCGACUGCCAGCUCGCCGAGGGACAGUGCAACCCCCUGUAUGACCAGUACUGCAAGGACCACUUCAGCGACGGCCAUUGUGACCAGGGCUGCAACAGUGCCGAGUGCGAGUGGGACGGGCUAGACUGUGCGGAGCAUGUGCCCGAGCGGCUGGCGGCUGGCACGUUGGUGUUGGUGGUGCUGCUCCCGCCUGAACAGCUACGAAACAACUCCUUCCACUUCCUGCGGGAGCUCAGCCACGUGCUGCACACCAAUGUGGUCUUCAAGCGCGAUGCGCAAGGCCAGCAGAUGAUCUUCCCCUACUACGGUCGCGAGGAAGAGCUGCGCAAACACCCGAUCAAGCGUUCCGCGGUGGGUUGGGCCACCUCUUCGCUGCUUCCUGGCACCAGUGGUGGGCGCCGGCGCAGGGAGCUGGACCCCAUGGACAUCCGUGGCUCCAUCGUCUACCUGGAGAUCGACAACCGGCAGUGUGUCCAGUCAUCCUCGCAGUGUUUCCAGAGUGCCACCGAUGUGGCCGCCUUUCUGGGCGCGCUUGCCUCACUUGGCAACCUCAAUAUUCCCUACAAGAUCGAGGCCGUAAAGAGUGAGACGGUGGAGCCUCCGCUGCCCUCGCAGCUGCACCUCAUGUACGUGGCUGCGGCAGCCUUCGUGCUCCUGUUCUUUGUGGGCUGUGGGGUGCUGCUGUCCCGCAAGCGCCGGCGGCAGCAUGGCCAGCUCUGGUUCCCUGAGGGUUUCAAAGUGUCAGAGGCCAGCAAGAAGAAGCGGAGAGAACCCCUUGGGGAGGACUCUGUGGGCCUCAAGCCCCUGAAAAAUGCGUCAGAUGGUGCCCUGAUGGACGACAAUCAGAACGAAUGGGGGGACGAAGAUCUGGAGACCAAGAAGUUCCGGUUUGAGGAGCCAGUGGUUCUUCCUGACCUGGAUGACCAGACUGACCAUCGGCAGUGGACCCAGCAGCACCUGGACGCUGCUGACCUGCGCAUGUCUGCCAUGGCUCCAACACCGCCUCAGGGUGAGGUGGAUGCUGACUGCAUGGAUGUCAACGUCCGGGGACCAGAUGGUUUCACCCCACUCAUGAUCGCCUCCUGCAGUGGAGGGGGCCUCGAGACAGGCAACAGUGAAGAAGAAGAGGAAGAUGCGCCUGCUGUCAUCUCCGAUUUCAUCUACCAGGGUGCCAGCUUGCACAACCAGACAGACCGCACAGGGGAGACCGCGCUGCACCUGGCUGCCCGGUACUCUCGUUCAGAUGCUGCCAAGCGCUUGCUGGAGGCCAGUGCAGAUGCCAACAUCCAAGACAACAUGGGACGCACCCCAUUGCAUGCAGCAGUGUCUGCGGAUGCUCAGGGUGUCUUCCAGAUCCUGCUCCGGAACAGAGCCACCGAUCUGGAUGCCCGGAUGCAUGAUGGCACAACCCCACUGAUCCUGGCUGCGCGCUUGGCCGUGGAAGGCAUGCUAGAGGACCUCAUCAACUCGCAUGCUGACGUCAAUGCUGUGGAUGACCUAGGCAAGUCGGCCUUGCACUGGGCAGCCGCAGUGAACAACGUGGAUGCUGCAGUUGUCCUCCUGAAGAACGGAGCCAACAAAGAUAUGCAGAACAACAAAGAGGAGACACCCCUGUUCCUGGCGGCCCGUGAGGGCAGCUAUGAGACUGCCAAGGUGUUGCUGGACCACUUUGCCAACCGGGACAUCACAGAUCACAUGGACCGGUUGCCACGGGACAUUGCGCAGGAGCGCAUGCACCAUGAUAUCGUGCGGCUACUGGAUGAGUACAACCUGGUGCGCAGCCCACAGCUGCACGGCACUGCCCUGGGUGGCACGCCCACCCUGUCUCCCACCCUCUGCUCGCCCAACGGCUACCUAGGCAACCUCAAGUCUGCCACCCAGGGCAAGAAGGCCCGGAAGCCCAGCACCAAAGGGCUGGCCUGUGGCAGCAAGGAAGCUAAGGACCUCAAGGCUCGGAGGAAGAAGUCCCAGGAUGGCAAGGGCUGCCUGUUGGACAGCUCGAGCAUGCUGUCGCCUGUGGACUCCCUCGAGUCACCCCACGGCUACUUGUCAGAUGUGGCCUCGCCACCCCUCCUCCCCUCCCCAUUCCAGCAGUCUCCGUCCAUGCCUCUCAGCCACCUGCCUGGCAUGCCCGACACCCACCUGGGCAUCAGCCACUUGAAUGUGGCGGCCAAGCCUGAGAUGGCAGCACUGGCUGGAGGCAGCCGGCUGGCCUUUGAGCCACCCCCACCACGCCUCUCCCACCUGCCUGUAGCCUCCAGCGCCAGCACAGUGCUGAGUACCAAUGGCACAGGGGCUAUGAAUUUCACCGUGGGUGCGCCUGCAAGCUUGAAUGGCCAGUGUGAGUGGCUUCCCCGGCUGCAGAACGGCAUAGUGCCUGGCCAGUACAACCCUCUCCGGCCAGGUGUGACAUCGGGCACGCUGAGCACCCAGGCAGCUGGUCUCCAACAUGGCAUGAUGGGCCCACUACACAGCAGCCUCUCCACCAAUACUUUGUCCCCGAUUAUCUACCAGGGCUUGCCCAACACUCGGCUGGCUACACAGCCACACCUGGUGCAGACCCAGCAGGUGCAGCCACAGAACUUACAGAUCCAGCCUCCGAACCUGCAACCACCAUCUCAGCCACACCUCAGUGUGAGCUCGGCAGCCAAUGGGCAUCUGGGCCGGAGCUUCCUGGGUGGGGAGCCAAGCCAGGCCGACGUGCAGCCCCUGGGCCCCAGCAGUCUGCCUGUGCACACCAUCCUUCCCCAGGAGAGCCAGGCCCUGCCCACAUCACUGCCAUCCUCAAUGGUCCCACCCAUGACCACUACCCAGUUCCUGACCCCUCCUUCCCAGCACAGCUACUCAUCCUCGCCUGUGGACAACACCCCCAGCCACCAGCUGCAGGUGCCAGAGCACCCCUUCCUCACCCCAUCCCCCGAGUCCCCUGACCAGUGGUCCAGCUCCUCCCCGCAUUCCAACAUCUCUGAUUGGUCCGAGGGCAUCUCCAGCCCGCCCACCAGCAUGCCGUCCCAGAUCACCCACAUUCCAGAGGCAUUUAAGUAAACAGUGAUGCGGGAUGCGGGACCCCAGCUUCCGUUCCCAAGCCCUGUUGGGAGUUGUUUCCAGUGCUCCAGGAUGCCGGGGCAACCAAAGGAGCCUUUUUUUAAAAAAAUGUUUUUAUACGAAGUAAGAGGACAAGAAUUUCCAUUUUUUUUUUUUUUUAGUAUUUAUUUAUGUACUUUUAUUUUCCACAGAAACACUGCCUUUUUAUUUAUAUGUAUUGUUUUCUAUGGCACUAGGGAAAACAUAUCUGUUCCAAGAAAAUAAACUAGUUCUCAGAGCCUUGAUUUUCCUGGUCAGGGUGAAGUUCCCUGUGUGUUUGUAAAAUAUGAACAAGGAUUCAUGAUUUGUAAAUGCUGUUUAUUUAUUGAUUGCUUCUUUCCAAAAUUGAAAAAAAAAAUUGACAGGAGAAGGGAAGCUGGAAACUGCCAUGGCCCGAAUUGAAUUCCCCCACUGCCCAGAUGCCUGCCACCCCACACCCACUGCCCUCCUCCCUGUGUCACCUGGGAGUUGUAGAUGUGUUUAGAAACAGGCCAAGACCUUGAACCUUAGGCACAUGGAUUAGUUUUGUAUCUAAAACAGGAGACAAGUAAAAAUGAUGUGGUUUAUACUGUUUCUAAAGCCACCAGUGUGGGUUUAAAGAAGUGUCCUUGGCAUGUGCAGAUGUGCUACGCAGGGCCUGUCAAGAAACUUCCGGAUUCAGUGCUCCACAGUGGUGUUUAUGGGACUUGGGAGUAUUUCUCCCUGCCAGGCCCCACUGUCCUCUUCCUGACUUCUUGAGCCAGUGAGCCAUGCAGGGUAUGGUGCCUCCUUGGACUGUUCCUGUGGUGCCUCACCAUCACUCCUUGAACAGGACCAUGCAAACGGAGCUAAGGAUGGACAGUUCUGCCUGGACCUGGGCUCCCAAGACCUGACCGCCAAAGGGCUCCAGUGUGCAUUGUGGAAUUGCCAGAGUAGCCUGCACUGAGACCUCAAGAAAAUCUGGGCUGUGUGGCCUCUGAUCCCACAACUGCCCUGGGUGGGGACACGCCUUGAGUGUGCUGGAAUGUGGGUGGAGCCUGCUCCUGGGCCACCCUUCCCGGUUCAGGGUGGCGCUCAGCAGAUUCUUGCAGUAUCAAGUAUAAGCCUGUGGCAGAGUAAGUAUCUGUAAAUACAUGUUUAAAGGUGGAUUUUGUUUAAAAAAUCUAAAGGAACAAGUCUGUCCUGUGUCAGGCUGAUGAGGAACGUCAGAACGCGUGGCUCAGCUCAGUGUGACCCAGGCCUCGUGACCUGCAGCUGCCGAACCAGUAGCUCCUGAGAGCACAGCCCAGGAUGGCUCAUCUGCUGCCCACCAAGCCCUCUCCCAACCAGUGUGUGCUGGGGGGCUCGCUCGGGGGCAGCUGCCCACUUCCUCAGGGCAGCUCCUCCCGGCCUUUGCAGGGGGAGAGGUAGUGUCUGUGCCAUUCCUAGUAGAUAUGACCAGACAUAUCCUAAGAUGUUGAUUCUUACCGUGUUUUAUAAAAGAAAGUGUAGUUUACAGAAAAAAAAAAAAACUUAAAAAAAUUAUCUACGUGCAAAACUGUAGGUAAUGAAAAUGAUGUAUUUUUUUCAUCCUUUUUGUUAACUAAUUUGCAAUAAAAGUGAUGCUGAUGGUUGCCCACGUUUUGCUAUACUUGGAGGGUUGUUUGGCUCACUUU